UGUGGCUUCCUCCCCACCCCCAGGGCCUGCGGGUCCCAGCGGUGCCUUAGCCCGAGCCUAGCCUCCCGGGGCAGUGACCUCCGCUCGUCAUGGUGUUGCUAGGCACCGUCCUGUGCUGCCUGCUGGCUGCCUGGGUCUGCGGCCCGGGCCUCGGGGUGCCCCUGGCGCGCUCGGGUCGCUCUCCAGCUGUGGGACAGUUUUGGCACGUGACUGACUUACAUCUGGACCCUACCUACCACAUUACAGAUGACCACACCAAGGUGUGUGCGUCAUCUAAAGGUGCGAAUGCCUCCAAUCCCGGCCCUUUUGGAGAUGUCCUGUGUGACUCUCCCUAUCAACUUAUUUUGUCAGCAUUUGAUUUUAUUAAGAAUUCAGGACAAGAAGCAUCUUUCAUGAUAUGGACAGGUGAUAGCCCACCUCAUGUACCUGUACCUGAACUCUCCACAGACACUGUUAUAAACGUGAUCACUAACAUGACAACAACUGUCCAGAACCUCUUCCCAAACCUCCAGGUUUUUCCUGCGCUGGGAAAUCAUGACUACUGGCCACAGGACCAGCUGCCGACAGCCACCAGUAAGGUCUACAGUGCUGUAGCCGAACUCUGGAAACCGUGGCUGGAUGAAGAAGCUAUCAGCACUUUAAAGAAAGGUGGCUUUUACUCACAGAAAGUUGCAAGUAAUCCAGGCUUGAGGAUCAUUAGCCUAAACACAAACUUGUACUAUGGCCCAAAUGUCAUGACCCUCAACAAGACAGACCCAGCAAAUCAGUUUGAGUGGUUGGAAAAUACACUCAACAGCUCGCUGCAAAAUAAGGAGAAGGUGUACAUCAUAGCUCACGUUCCUGUGGGCUAUCUUCCUUAUGUAACUGGCACCACAGCAGUGAGGCAGUACAGUAAUGAGAAACUGGUUGAUAUUUUCAGAAGGUACAGCUCUGUCAUUGUGGGACAGUUCUACGGCCACACCCACAGGGACAGCCUUAUGGUUCUUUCAGAUAAAAAAGGAAGUCCAGUAAGUUCUGUGUUUGUGGCACCUGCUGUUACACCAGUGAAAGGAGUUUUACAAAAAGAGACCAACAAUCCUGGUGUCAGACUAUUUCAGUACAAGCCUGGUGAUUAUACCCUGCUGGACAUGUUGCAGUAUUAUUUGAACCUGACAGAAGCAAAUCUAAAAGGAGAAUCCAACUGGACACUGGAGUACAUCUUGACUCAGACCUAUGGCGUUGCCGAUCUCCAGGCUGCGAGCUUACAUGGAUUAGCUAAGCAGUUUGCUGCCUUAGACAGCAAACAGUUUCUGAAAUACUACCAUUAUUUUUUUGUGAGUUAUGACAGCAACGUAACAUGUGAUCAGAAGUGCAAGACCUUACAGGUUUGCGCCAUUAUGAAUCUUGAUAGCGUUUCCUAUGGCGAUUGCCUUAAGCAAGGUUUUAUAAAGCACAGUCACUAGUAUUCCCGCCAUGUUCGUAGAACGAGAUCACAUCAUGGUGCUUCUGCCGUCAGUUUGUGAAGCACUGAGUGGGUUGGAAGGCUUGCUCUCUCUGCACUUUCUUAUUCUCGAGGCUCAGACAUUGACACCAGGAACAUUCCAAACUUUCACACAUCGAAUGUGUUUAAAUUGUUCAUUAACAGAGUGGUAUUUUGACAAACAUAUCUCCCACUUGUAUAUAAGUAUUCCUAACUUAUGGUCUUAUAAACUUGUCAUUGAUGAAAUAAAGCAGUUGACUUGAA